GACACUUCUUUGGUGGCGCCGGGGAGGCGUCCUCUGGGAACCUGGGCUGGAAAGCCUUGGGGCUGCCUCUUUUGCCUGGCUGCACGGGAAGACGACUCGAGGGCCGCUUUUCCAAGGUUGGAGAGGAAGCUGUACAUGUUCAUACCAGGCAAACGGAAGCUAAGACCACAGAAAUGACUGAGUCCUAUGUGAAGAAGCUGUCCUUCACCCUGCUGGAUGCUAUCCCUGACAAGGACCCUGCGGUGCAGGAGCAGGUCUGCAGUGCUCUGUGCUCCCUCGGAGAGGCGCGGCCAGAGGAAAUGCUCUGUGCCUGUGAGAAGUACCUGCGGCAGCAUGACAAGCUGGCACAUCCAUACCGUGCAAUGGUCCUGAGAGCUAUGGAGACAGUCCUGAACAGUCAUAUCCACGAGCUGGACAAGGACACAGCCAACAUUGUCAUCUUCCUGGCCUCCAGUGAGAUGACCAAGACAAAGGAACUAGGGUGUGACUGGCAGCGGGCUGCAAGCAAUGUCCUGGUGGCCGUGGGAAAGCGGUUUGUCAACCAGGUGAUGGAGGAGGUGCUCAGCAAGUUCCAGCCUGGAAUUCUACCACACUGUUCAGUGGUGGAGACACUUGCUAGCCUGUCUAUAUCCAAUGCAUUCGGCAUGGUCCCCUUCCUGCCUUCCAUCCUGAGUACCAUGCUGCCCAUGCUGGGCAUGGCCAAGCAGGAUGCGAUGAGAGUGGUGUUCUGCUGUGCUCUGCAGCACUUCAGCGAGAGCACCCUGGAGUACCUGGCCAACCUGGACCAAGCACCGGACCCCACAGUCAGGAGAGAUGCCUUUGCCACUGACAUCUUCAGUGCCUACGAUGUUCUUUUUCAUCACUGGCUGCAGAGCCGAGAUGCCAAGCUCCGGCUCGCAGUGGUGGCAGCUCUUGGGCCCAUGAGCCACCUACUGCCCAGUGAGAAGCUGGAGGAGCAGCUCCCCAAGCUCCUCCCAGGAGUCCUCAGCCUCUAUAAGAAGCAUGCGGAGACCUUCCAAGUAUCCAAGAGCCUGGGUCAGAUCCUCGAGGCAGCUGUGAGUGUUGGCAGCCGUACCCUGGAGGUUCAGCUUGACUCCCUCUUGGUGGCUCUGCAUGCUCAGAUUUGUGUUCCUGUGGAGUCCUCAAGCCCCCUGGUGAUGAGCAGCCAGAAAGAGGUGCUGCGCUGCUUCACUGUGCUGGCUUGCUGCUCGCCUGACCGUCUGCUGGCCUUCUUGCUGCCCAGGCUGGACACCAGCAAUGAGAGGCUCCGGGUGGGCACCCUGCAGAUCCUGAGGCACAUCAUCAACUCAGCUGCUGCCCAAAUGGAAGUUAAGAAACCCUUUAUCCUCUCUUCCAUGAGACUUCCUCUUCUGGACACCAACAACAAGGUAAAACGAGCUGUGGUGCAGGUGAUCAGUGCCAUGGCCCACCAUGGCUACCUGGAGCAGCCUGGAGGCAAGGUGAUGGUAGAGUACAUCGUGCAUCAGUGUGCGCUGCCCCCUGAGCAGGAGGUAAGGGCCACUACCUCCCUAUCACUCUGGCCAG